CUUAAGUUUAUGACAAAUUAAAGAUAAACAUAAUUAUAAAUAAAGACAUUUAACUUCAAAAAAAUCCAAAUAUUACUUUUUGUUCAAUAUUUCACAAUAGACUUCAUCCUACCUUCUCACUGAUAUAAAACAUUUCACUAUUUUCAUUCCUAGAACCAUCAGGAAUAAUAUCAAAAUUCUAACAGAUUUGCAUCACUAUUUUACCACAUUCAACUCAAAUGAUUAUUUCAGGUUAUUUAAACAUUUACCGACUAAUCAUGACUGUUUGAUUUUCACCAAUAUCUCAUCUAUACCAUAUCUCACAUCGCAUUACAUCGCAUCUCUAAAUAUCCCAUUUUAUAGCAUGUCUCCGAUUAAAUCUUAUUUGAAUGGGUAAACAUCGAAAUAUUUCAGAACUAUUUAAUAACACGUUAGAAGAUUCGGUUGAGAAACUUGGUUCCGAGCAUCACUACUGGGAAAGUCAACCAUACUCCAAAACCUAUUUUAAUAACAAAUCUCGUUUUUUAAAAUUUAAAUAUUACGACUCCAGUAGUAUUUUUAAAUUCUUUUUCUUUCACUGGGUAACUAAGUGGGCCUCUCUUCUUUCUAAGAAAUAUGUAGAACCAUAUAAGUUACAUCCACUUCCCAUUGCAGACCAAAUUCUUCGUUGGCAACCAAUUUUCUCCAAGAACCUUAGUGAUGGAUUAGUUAGAUUAGAGUCAUUUGAAACAAAACAAAAUAAUAAACCCAAUAUAAAACCCUUUAAAUCUGUUUUGUUAAGAGCUUUAUUCUUAACAUUCUGGAAAAGAGUAUCAUUUGGUCUCCUUGGGAUUGUAGUCACUAAUCUGUUUAGUCUGAGCAUUACCAUUUUGAUUAAACACCUCUUGGGCAUUUUGAACACGAAGUCAUUUACUCUACUGAAAAUAUUUUUGUUUUUAUUUGCUGUGAUAGGUCUACAGAUUAUUGAUGGAUUAUUGAUUGAAAAUUUUACUUACUAUCUGAAUCGAUUAAAAACUGUUUUGGAAUAUUCUAUUUCAAUUACAGUGUUUCAACAUGGCAUGUGCUAUAGAAGAAAACAUUUCAAUAAUAUCAAUGGAUCCAACUCCUUGAGUGUUUGUAACAAUGUUUUACACACCUGUCUUCCUGACUCAGAAUGUUCCCAAAACCCUAUGUUUUGUCCAGCACGGCGUUUCCAAAACAAAGAUAUUACUCCAAACAUGUUCACCUUUGAGUAUUAUGAUUGCUUCUACAUCUCUCUAUUCGUUGAAUCAUUAAUACCAAUUGUUAACUUUUUGUCGAACUUUAUCUAUGGAAUAAUAUUAAUUUCCAUGCAGAUUAAGAUUAAUUUGUGGGCGUUGUACUUUGUUGGAGCAUUUUUCAUUUUUCUUAUGAUUGUCGUUGAGAUCAUAAACACUUUAAUUUUUCAUUUCAUUUGCCAUGUCAAGGAUUAUAGGAUCUCAGAAUGCAUUGAAAUUAUAUCUGAGUUGCCUCUGAUCAACAAAUUACUCUACGAUGAUAUUGCCGUCAACAUCAUUACUCAAACCAGGAAUACUGAACUGGUAUUAGUUUUAAUUAGGAUUUUUUUGACAUUACUCAACAAAUCGUUAUAUGUAAUAUUUAGCAAUAUAUCCUUCUAUGUCCUGAUGAGGUAUUUUGUAAAAACAAUAAAAGCUGCAGAGGUUAUUAAGGACAUUGAUACUGCCGCCUUCUUAUCAACGUUCUACAUCUUUUUCAGGAUUAUCAACUCAAUGUUCUUGUUUCCUUAUGCACUUGGAAGAUUAACUAUGUCAUAUGUAUCAUACAACAGGGUUAACAAAUAUGUUACCAGUUGUUCACCUAACUUUUACAUCAGUGAUAACAAGUUUGGUGGAUCAACAGUAAUGUCAUCUGACCUGCCUGACGUUACCAAUGAGAUUCCCAAGGAUGUUCUUGUACUAUACAAGGAUGCUUCAUUUGCGUGGGUCCACACUAGGAAGGAUUUUGUUAAUGACAACAAUGAAGUCCAUUUGAAAAAUAUUAACUUCCAACUUAAGAGGGGAGAGAUAGCAAUUAUUACAGGAUCCCAAGGUUCUGGUAAAUCUAACUUCAUCAAAUCAAUACUUGGUGAGAUGACACUGGUUGGUGGUUCAAUGUCUGUUAUUCCACUUCACACAUCAAUGCCAAUAUUUUAUUCAUCUGAGAAUAUAUGGCUACAACAGGGCACUAUUAGAUCAAACAUCACCUUUGGACACAGAUUUGAUGAGGACAUUUAUGAAUCAGUUAUCAAAGCACUUGAACUUGAAACUGAUAUAUUAUCAUGGGAGAAAGGUGACUUUAGAGUUGUCUCAGAUAAUGCUCACUCACUAAGUUGUGGUCAGAGAGUUAGAAUGGAGAUGGCUAGGGCCAUAUAUGCAUAUCUUAUAUUUAGUAAAGUGAACAAGGAUUACAAUAGAAACCAGUGUUCAUUCCUGAUGUGUCUGGAUUCACAAUUUCAUGGAUUAGAUCCAUACGUAUCCAGAACUGUAUUCUUCAAUCUGUUCAAUUCCAAGACUGGCCUACUUGUUAAGGACGAUCUUGCUGUUAUACUUUCAUCAUCAAUGACAUUGCUGGAUAAAUGUGUCAGAGCUUCAGACUUGGUUAAGUUUCCCAGAAUUCCCGUAUACGAAAUUGAUAACAAAUAUUUGAUUUUCAGCUGUUAUUUAUCAGACAUUUUUUCUGACAAGAAGACACCAAAUGGGUUUGAAUAUAUCACACCUCCUUCAGGUCCAUAUAAAUUGAAUUUCUUCACCAAGGAUAUGAUGAAACUAUGUUAUUUCGGUUCUUCUAAAUCAGUAAGACGCUUUGUCACAAAGUCAAACUAUAGACGUUCAAUAACUUCAAUUAUUGAAGAAACUCAUUCUGAAGAUAAAUUUAAUCCAUAUUUCAUGUAUUUCAAGGCAGCUGGAUUUACUUUUGUUCUGUUCAUAAUCUUUGCGGUUGCAUCAAGUGUCAUGGAUAACUCCAAGUUUGUCCUUGCAACAAAUCUCACAGAUUAUAUUUUUAAAAAAACUAACGAAUUCAAUGAUGACAUUUCUGUUGAUUUAUUAGAUGUAAAAUCACACAGCAACUCUGCCCUCAACGUAAUUCUGAUCUUUGUAUUAGUUGUUAUGUGUUGUUCUCUAAUGUCAACCGUAUUAUUUACUAUAUCCUGUUUAAUGGCCUCAAGAAGAAUUCACGAGUAUUGUCUCAACUCAGUCUUCAAGAACAGCUCAUCAGUCAUUAAGAUCAAGAAACAGAUUAACCAAAUCAUCACUUACUUUUCUUCAGAUAUUGUUUUUAUUGAUGAAUGUAUUGGAAACAUGAUAUGUACCACUUUCCUGUCAUUCAUUCAAACAGUCAUCUCCAUUGGAACUCUAUUCUACACUAUUCCUCUGUCCAUUCCAUUUAUUUCCAUAUCUUUGAUAAUUGGCUUUGAAUUUGUAGUAUCAAAAUUUGUUAUAUCAUCCAGAAACAUUACUCUAGGAUCACUAGAGAGUAUGUCACAUAUUAACACAACGUGCGAGAAUGCCAUCAUGGGAUCAGCAAUCUACAGAAGUUUUAAAAAGGAAUGGGAGUUGGUUAAUGAUAUUAUUGAAAGAAAUGAUUAUAAAACUAGAUGUUGGUAUUUAGUUCAUUCAUUUUUGAGUUGGACUUCAGUUAUGUUCAAUUGGUUAUUUUCACUUGCUACUGUUCUAUUCCUCUGUUCAAUGAUAAUAUUUGACAAGUUUACAAAUUACAAGAUGAAUGUUGGGUAUUUUGGAUUAGCUCUAUCACUCAGUAUGAGUGCUAUUAAAUCUUUUAGCAAUUUCUCAUUUUCCUUUGCCUGGUUGCAAGUAUUUAUGUGUUCUAAUCGAAGAUUUCAAUGCUUUAUUCCUCCUGGAACCAAGUGUGUUUUCGACAAAUUCCGCAAUGUUCAUGAAGAGGAUGUAGUUAUUGAUUCUACCAAUCCCGAAGAGCAAUUCGAAGAAUUGAACCUGCUUAAGAGAAGGGUAAUUGAAUUCAAAAAAACUAACCCCAAUAUUCUUAGAAGGCUUGUGUAUAGACCAAAGAUUAAUAUUGUUGAUAUUUGCAAAUAUAUUUCCCCUGAACACACUGGAGUAGUAUUGAAGGACGUCUGUGUGUAUACUAACUCACAGAUGAACAAGGAAGGCAUUAUCCUUGGCAACAUAAACGCAUCAACUUCUAAUUCUGAUAUCAUUGGUAUCAUUGGUAGAACAGGUGCUGGUAAGACAACUCUGCUAUCUGUGCUAGAAAACAAUGUUAGGAAUAGAACGGGUCAAGUCCUGUUAGAUGGCACAGAUUUAAAAGAAAUUCCCAAAAGUGUCAUUAGAAAUAUUAUUGGUGUUCUUCCUCAAUUACCCUUUGUCUUUAAGGGCUGGACCAUUAGAAGGUUCUUGGAUCCAAGGAGACUAUUCAGUGAUGAACAAAUUAAUGAAGCCCUGGACAAUUGUGGCCUCUUGGAUUUUGUAAAUAACCUUCAUGGUGGAAAGAGACUCGAUACAAUAAUUAUCCCAAAACCACUUAACAUGGCCAAAAACUUUUUUGAACAAUCGCCAAAAGAGUCGUUUAACAAAGGUAAGGAAUCUUACCACGAAGAUAGGGCAAUGACCAUGGAUGACUUUAAAACAGAUGAUAUCAUGUUAUCUGUGACUCAGCUCAGAACAUUAUGGUUCGCCAAACUCGUACUAUACAGACAUCAGUACAGAAUGUUAAUCAUUGAUGAACCACCGUCGGAUAACAUUUCUGAGGAUGGUUCUGAAGUUCAAGAUAUUGGUAUCCCAAUCUAUGAACUAUUGGAUAAAUAUUUCAAACACUGUACAUGUUUUGUUACUGCGCACUUCUCUAACGUUCUAAAAUCUUGCACAUCCAUAUGGGUGAUGCAUCACGGCAGACUCAUCAAGACCUGCAGUGCUUCAGAAGUAUCCAAAAACGAAUCAAUCUCAAAUGUAAUUGAAGAGAUGGUUACCAAAUACUCAAACUAAUUUUAAUGCAGUAAUAUUUAACAAUUCUCAUUUUUUAAUUAUACCUCUAAUUUUUCAGUCUAUACAUA